AUGCCGAGGUUAGUAAAUGGUAGAUGGUGCAGGUAUUACUCGGCUAUUGCUACGAGUGGUAUACAAGGAGUCGAAGGUAGGGUUCCGUUCACCCUGUCACUCGCUUUUAAUGGUGAGGCGAGAUCAGGUAAUCUACCAGAUAAUAGGUCCGUUUCCAUAACUGAUCCAUAUACGAUAUAUCAAAACUAUAUUACACAGGGCAUAUUAGAGAAGGACUGUUCGCAAAUACGCGUAAUGAAGGAGUUUCAGAAAUUGUACCAUCGAGUACUGGACUACGUGCCACCGGAGGAAAUGUCAAUUAGAUUAAGUCUUUUACUUAGAGAAAUUGAAAUGAGACAAGUUCAAUUAAAAGAGUAUAACCUUUCUCCACUAAAGUACUUUAGAAGAUCCCCUGAAAAGACAAAAAAGUCAAUGGUCAAGUAUAUGACAGAUGAGGAAGAAUUGGCCAAUUUUGCAUCUCCUCGGGGGCUAUUAAUCAAUGGAGAUGUUGGACUGGGGAAGUCAUUAUUGAUGGACAUUUUUGCAUCAUCCUUACCUUACAAAUCGAAAAUGCGAUGGCACUACAAUAACUUCAUUCUUUGGGUGUUUAAUGAAAUGCACAAGAUUCAACAGCACAGAUUUAGGACGAUGAAUAAUAAUAAUAAUAAUAAUAAUAAUAAUGGUGGCAGUGGUCGUGGUGCAAAAUACACAAUGGAGAAUGAGUUCAUAUUGUAUGAAGUAGCACAAAAGAUGAUUCAGAAAAACACCGUUUUGAUGUUGGAUGAAUUUGUAUUACCUGAUAUUGCUAGUGCCAAUAUUAUUAAGAUACUAUUCACGUUUUUUUUCCGGUUAGGAGGUGUAUUAGUUGCCACUUCUAACAAAUUACCUGAGGAGUUAUACUCUACUGACUUUAAUAAAUUGAAGUUCAAGAGUUUUGUUGGGAUUUUGAACUCAAGAUGUAUGUCGGUUGAUAUGAAGUCCGGCAAGGAUUAUCGAACUUAUUUCGCUAGUGAAUCCAAACAAAAGCCGUAUUUGGUUAUUCGAAGGGAUAAUGAAAAGAAUGAGCAAGAGUGGCAAGAGUUGAUAAAGACAAAGGCAUUGGAAAUUCCGUUGGACUCACCAAUGAUGCAGCAAUCUUUGGCGAGUAUAGGAAAACCAUCAAAAAUAAUAGUUUACAAUAGGACGACUAAGAUUCCGUUAACUUUCCAAAAUAAUUCUAUAUGUUAUCUUGAUUUUGAGGAUAUUUGUCAAGGAUUAACUUCAUCUUCAGACUAUAUAACAAUUGCAUCAACAUACAAAAUUAUUAUUUUGGAUAAUGUGCCAAUCAUGACCACAAAAAAGAAGAAUGAAGCAAGGAGAUUCAUAACCCUUAUUGAUGCAAUCUAUGAAGCCAAAUGCCAGUUUUUUAUGAGAUCACAAGUUGGUAUUGAUUACUUGUUUUUCCCCGAUGCAUUAAACACCACUGAUGUUAAGUUCAUGGAGUAUUUAAAAAUCCAUUUGAAAAGUGAGGGAAAUAAAGACCAAUUAGAAGUGCAAGAUGAAGAAAUGUUUGCAAAGACAUCGAUUGCCAUGAUGAAUCCAUAUAGACCAAACAUAGCUUCUUAUGAUCUGGAGAGCACUGAAUCUUAUAGUGAAGAGAAAAGUAUUAGAAAAGGUGAUUUCACAACCCCCGCCAGUAAUUAUUCCAAUAUCAAGGUGUUUACAGGAGACGACGAAAAGUUUGCAUUCAAAAGGGCAGUGUCUAGAAUAAAGGAGAUGGUUGGUUCUGAUUUAUGGAGAAAGCAUAAUCGGUGGGUUCCGGUUGACGAGUCAAUGAGGCCAUGGGAGAACGUAGCAGUAGAGACAAGUAAAGGAAAAGCAAGCGAUACAACCACUGAAACGAGCUUGGACACAUUGUUGAGAGAAAAAUCAAUCAAGGAAAUCACUCAAGAACUCAGUCAAGCGUUGCCACGACAGUACUCUGAAAAUGAAAAUAUACCAUUUCGUUUGUUCAAUGCUAGAAUUGCCCCGAUUUUCUACAAUUUACUGCACUUUUGGGCAAUGGGGCCAUGGACAAAUGAGCAGGGUAAGAGACUAAAGGACGCUAUUAGUAAAAGCUGGAUUAGAUCUAGUAUCCGAAACGACAAGCCAUAA